UGACAGGGGACUGACAAAACGCGGACUGGAAUCACAUAGACAACAAUGAUAAUAGACAGCCUGGGUUAAGCAGGUAAAAACGCGUGCAGAGAGAGAGAGGUGCAGUCAGAGCAAGAGACAGGUGCAGGCAAUUGCAGAACUCAGCGUUAGAGCAGGCUAGAAAGAAAAGGGGCGGAGCUACAGCGCAGCAUGGAAAAGGGGAGACUGGUUAAUGUAUUAGUAUAGUGAUCUAAACUAUCAAAAACCCAAAACUAGUGUGUGUUAGUCCAUUAGUAAUAUUCACAUGUUAGUAUAUUAAAGAGGUUAGUACUUUACAAUCUAUAAGUUAGUAAGGAUGAGUAGAAAUUAGUAAAACUAGAAAUAAGUAGGAAGUAAGUAAAAACGAGACUGGAAGGAAGACUAUGUUUCCACGAAAACCCGGAACCACCCGAAUAGUGAAAUCACACAAAUACAGGGGAGUGAAGCAGCUCAGGGAACACAGACACAGAGACAGUACUGGGGAGGCAAGUGACCGGGAAAUACAGACUACAACAUUAUCAUUGUUAAAAAUGUAGGGAAAAAAAUAGAAAAAAUUAAGACAGAUUUGUUUGUAAUUAAUAUUUGUGUUGUGAAUAGUUUUACAAUGUCUGUGUGUAAAAUCGAAGUUGUUUUAAUAUUGUACAAAUAGAAAACGAAUAGUUCAUAUUUUAGGACAACUGCAGUCCGAUUUUUCCUUAAUUAAUUUCAUUUUGCUGAACGUAACAGUGGUUUUAGCGUCGAACUUUUAUUUUGAAAUUUUCAGACACGCGCGAAAGUCCUUACUGUCGCUAGCUUCACACUGCUUUGUUUUCCUUGCGAGGGAUUUUAUUUUUAUAGUUCCUUUAUAGUUUUCUGUAGUUCUGUUUGUGAUAUUUUCUGUGGACAGAAGUCACUGACACAUCCAUGCCAGCCUCUCGAAGGAGCAUCAAUCUGAGGGAGGAGCAUGGUUUGCCCCCAGUGCCGCAGGGAAUGUGGGCAGAAUGACAAGUUCUGCAGUGAAUGCGGCUACAGACUGUGCUCUGCAAGGACACCUGUCACAGAGCUUCCUGUACCUGGGAAGGAGACAGGGGACUCCACGGAUGUGUCAUCUGCUGACCCCAGUCGUGUUAGGCGGAACAGCAUAGACUGGACUCGUCCCAAUUUCCUGGCAUCACCCAGCAUUUCUAGAGCAGAACCCAGGCGCAGUUCUGCUGUCGUCCACAGGGUUGUGCCGUUGGGCCUGCAGCCGAGAACUGAAUGCACUGCCAUCGUCUCCCAGGAGAUGGAAGAAGGGGUGCAGAAUAAUGCCACCCCCAAAACCUUCAACAGAAACUCUAACCGACAGGAAGGGCCUGAGCACCCAGUCUGUGAGAGCCACACCCACUCUGAUGACAACACCCACUCCCAGAGCCUUGGCCACCCUGACACUGGCUCUUCUGAAGAUGAGGGAGAGGUAUUUGAAGAUGCUGUGGAGUACCCUGAAGAUGAGGCUAAGGAACCUGAAGACUCGAAGGAGUGUGUGGCUGUGUCUAAAGAUGAGAUCAUCAGUAAAGAGCCAUCUGCCCCUGGAAGGGUAAAGGCCACUGAUGUGAAGAGCAGGUCAGUGACUCUGUGCUGGGAAAGACCGGUCAGCAUGGAGGGAGUUUCUCAUGAGAUCCACAUCACCUACAGCAGUGAGGGAGAAAAGCCCAGAUCACAGAUAUGUGCCCCCAACACCACCACAGCUGUCCUUACUGAUCUGAGACCCGGGAUGGAAUAUACUUUCAACCUCACUGCAGUCCUUCCAAAUGGCAUCUGCAGCAAGACCAGCUCAACAUGCAUACAAACAAAAACUAGUCUGGAUGAACUGGUGAGUGACUUGGGACUGGAACACCACCUGAAGAACAAGCUGACUCUGAGCAAGGUGCUGGAGAUUGAUGGAGAGACUUUAACUGAUGAAAGAAUCCAGUCUCUGAAAUCUCUGCCAUGGUGUUUCCUGAGGAGGUUGAUGAUGGUGAAUGCGACUGCUAGGAGCGUGAGGUGCGCCUCAAAACAGGACAUGACUUCCCAGAAUCUGGACAGCUUAAUGAACACCCUGUGCAAUCCACAGGCCAGCAGCAACAGAGUCAACCCCCUGGACCUCAUAACUGCUGUGUUUCUCUGCUCGGAUGGCUUUCUCCAGCAGGAGAUGGUUUUGAAAAUGUCCAUGUGCCAGUUCUCUGUGCCUCUGCUCCUUCCUAAGUGUGAUACACAGCAGUGCACUUUAAUGCUCUGGGCCAUGAGGGGUAUUGUGAAAAAGUACAAGCCGCACUCUUUGGAGGACCAAAGAGGGUCUGUGGAGGAGAGCAUUGUUCUCUCUGAGCUCCCCAUGAUCUCUUUUGUGAGGCUGGGAGACAGCAGCUUGUCCAAGUCUCACAUUGUGAACCAGCUUCUCAGUAGCCCUCAGGAGCACCACGAAACCUUUGUUCACAGAAACAUGGAGUGCGGUAACACCCCAAGGAGGAUUUCCAAUGGGCUGGUGGAGAUCAGCUGGUAUCUGCCCAGUGGGAAGAGAAACAUUGACAUCUUCUCUGAGCCACUGGCUAUAGCUAACCUCCGUGGGGACCUCAGGGACUUUGAAACUCAGUACGCUUUCCUUUGUCACAACUCUGCUGCCGUAUUUGUGUUUUGUGAUGAUUUUGGGUCUGAAUACAUUUUUCUGGACUCCCAGCACCUGAAAGAUGAUUGGUUCUGGAUCAUCAAUUCACAGAGCAAGAGCUUCAAUAAAGAUGAUUUCAGCAGAUGUGUUUCUGAGUUAGAGCUAAAACCCAGUAACAUCAUCAUAAAGGGUCCGCAAAUGAAUGAUGCAAGAUUAAUCAGAAAACUGCGUUUGGGUAUCAGUGGAAUUUUGAAGGGAAACAUGCUCAAAAAGAGUGUUGACGGGAUGUCUGCUGUUGCCCAUGAGUUUGGAAUCCAGGUUGAUGAAGAUUGUGACUGCUGUAAGAAUGGAAAGCAGAAGGCUGAUGAAAUCACAGGAAGGAUAUCUGAUAUAUCAAGCUUCAAGGAGAAAGAGCUGCCCUUGCAAGGGACUGCAUGGAAACAGCUGGCCAAACUGGAGAAGGAAGAGUGCAGGAUGAAAAAUGCUGGGGAGAGAAGAAUUGAAGUUUACAGGCAUGAGCUUGCAGAUCAGAAGCAGAAGCUCAGAGCACAGCAGAGGGCUCACAAAAUCUCAGAGUCUAUGUCCCAUUUCAUCUCCGCGAUGUCCAGUUCCACAGAGGAGCGCAAGUAUUUCCUCAAGUGGAUGAGGAUCAACCUGGACAACCUGUCACGCAAAAGCCUUCCACUCCUUCAGGCGGAGUACAAGGAACAGUGUCAGAAUUCCUCAGAAAACAAGCAGCUCAUUGCAGACUUGGACAGGAAGAUCUCCAGUUGCUCCUUGGGGAUGGAGCACUUCCUGCGGGAAAUGGGUCAGCUGUACGAGUCGGCCUGCUCACAUCCCAAAGGCUUCACCUCUGAAAUUCAGCGACUGCCACGUCUGGCUGCUGAGCUGCUGCAGGAAGGCUUUCCUCUGGAGCUGGUAGAUGGAGAUGCAUCCAACAUUCCUCUGCAGUGGCUGACACAGGUUCUGAAGGAACUCCAUCAACUAACACAGGACAAAUGUAAGAUCCGGGUGGUGACUGUACUGGGCGUGCAGAGCACUGGGAAGUCCACCCUCCUGAACACCAUGUUCGGGGUCCAGUUUGCCGUCAGUAGUGGCAGGUGCACGAGAGGGGCCUUCAUGCUCCUCAUCAAAGUAAAAGAGGAUUUUAAAAAGCAGCUUGGUUGUGAUUACAUCAUGGUUAUUGACACUGAAGGAUUGAAGUCAGCAGAGUUGGCCCAGUUGGAUGACAGUUGUGAGCAUGAUAAUGAACUGGCCACUCUGGUGGUGGGGCUGAGUGACAUCACUGUCAUCAACAUCGCCAUGGAGAGCUGCACUGAAAUGAAGGACAUCCUGCAGAUUGUGGUGCAUGCCUUCCUGCGCAUGAAGGAAGUUGGGAGAAAACCCUGCUGUCAGUUUGUGCACCAGAAUGUCCCGGACCUCUCUGCCCAUGACAAAAACCUGAGGGACAGGAAGCAUCUCCUGGAGCAGCUGAAUGAGAUGACCCAAGCAGCAGCUAAGAUGGAAAAGAGUAGAAACAACAAAAACUUUACUGAUGUCAUGGAGUAUGAUCCAGAGAGAAACACCUGGUACAUCCCUGGGCUCUGGCAUGGCAACCCUCCCAUGGCACCGGUGAAUGCUGGCUACAGUGAGUCUGUGAAUCUGUUCAAGAGGAGUGUGAUUGAGCAUUUUAAAGAACACAAAUCUGGAAAGAGCUCACCACACACAUUCAUUGAGUUCCUAGAAUGGACCAGGAGUUUGUGGAGCGCAGUGAAGUAUGAGAACUUCAUCUUCAGUUUCCGCAACGGCCUGGUGGCUGAUGCUUAUGCUCAGCUUUGCACUGAGUUCAACACAUGGGAGUGGGCCUUCAGGAAGAGCAUGUUCUCCUGGUUAAGCCAAGCUGAGACAAAGGUGUCAAACUUUGGCACAAUAGCAGGGCAGAUUCAGCCAUCCUCCAAUGUAAAUGACUUACUGAGCAGCCUGAAAUAUGAGGCCUCUGUAGAACUGGCUAAAGGAGAGAAGCAAUUUGUGGACAAUCUCACUGAAUUCUAUGAUAGACCAGAGGGACACGUUCACUUGGUUGAGAAGCACAAGGAGGAUUUCAUGAACUCAGCCAAAGCCAUCCGGAAGGAGACAGAGCACUCUGUUAUAAACAAGAUAGAUGCCACAGUGGAGAUUAGAAAGGGUAUGUUCAGGUUAGAGAAAAUCAAGAAAAAUCAUACAGCUGCAAUGGAGCAGAAGGUGCUGGACCUGAUUGAGAACUGCAGGAAAAGUAAAGAUCUGUCAGAUCAAGAGCUGGAGACUGAAUUUGAGAAGAUGUGGAAUGAGGCUGUGAAAGAACUGCAGUUCUGUGGCCUGGAAAAACGAGAAAUUGUCCAAGAUAUCCAACACCAGCUGUGGGCUAACUUAGAGAUGAAAGGCAGCUCAGUACGUGAAAUGCUGUCCAAAGUGGGUGACUUGUCUGAAUGUGGAAUUGAGCCAUUCAAAGUGAAGAGUAAAGGAAUUUUUAAAAAGAUAUGGUACAAAUUUUUUGAAGAUGAGCAGAUAAAGACACAGAAGAUGGUUGAUUACAUCAUUGAGUGCAGCAGGCAGUUUGUAGCUGAACAAGUGAGAAAAAGGUCUGAUUACCAUAACACAUACAUGAUUGGCUUGUUUCGUAUGAUAGAUGAUAACCUGGACAGGCACAGGGAUCUGGAAACAAGUGCUGACUUUCAGGCCAGUCUGAAGAUCCACAUCUGUGGACAUGCAGCACGGGAGUUUCAAAAAAUGCAUUUGGAUUUUAUCCAUGCAAAUGAUCCCUGUCACUGUCUGGAGCAGUCCAAGGAACAGUACUGCACUGACUUUAAGGACCUGUUCAGUAAAAGAGACCAGUGUCAGAAGAAAGCAGAGGAGUUCACCUACUACUGUCUUGCACCAGCAAUGAAGGAAUACAUCACCAAGUCUCUGGGCCCUGACCUUGCGGAUGAAGUGUUGACAGGGCAGAAAGGCAUUGAUUUCAGCACUCGAUCCUUCUUCCAGUUCUCAAUCCUCAAGCAGCUGCUUUUAGGGGAUAACUUUAAGGAAUUUGUGAAUUACAUAACAAACUACGAGAGCUUUGUGCAGGGCUGGAUAUUUGAACAGAUGGUGAAGCAGUUCUCUGAGAGAGAUGGCCUGAGGAACAUUGAGAUUAAGCACCUGAGGGCGAUAGUAAAAAGAAUAUUGGAAGCCAUUACGAAAGCAGAGAGGAAAGCCAGUGAACGAGCGACAAUAAGGGAUGAGGAGGAGGACCAAAAUAUUCAGCAGUUCAUUCAGGAUAUCUGUAGUGACCUACAGGAGCUCGUCAUCCCCAAAGACCCCCUCAGAGCGGUCCUGGCCUUAAACACUGCCGAGCCAGUAGACUUUUCCCAGUGUCUGAAGGUGCUUGUGGCUGAAAUGGAGCAGUCCUUUACUGCAGAGUUUCAGGAAGGUGGGGAUGUGAGAACCAGGCUGACUUCACUGCCCUUUCAGCCACAGAAGGAACUGUUUAACAGGGUGUUUGGCUGUGGGAGGCAGUGUCCCUUCUGCAAGACCCCAUGUGAAGCAGGCGGCAAGAAUCACACAGAGCACUUUGCUUCCAUUCACCGUCCAGAGGGGACUGGGUCAUACAGAUACACGGUUUCGGGUAAAUUAUCUGUUCAUGUCUGCUCUACUAGUGUUGCCAGUGAGGCAAGGUUCAGGUCGAAUGAAACAGAGGGGAAAUGGCAUCCAUACAAGGACUAUCAGAGCAUUUACCCUGACUGGCGCAUCCAGCCUGACACCAGGAUCCAGGCCUCAGACUACUGGAAGUACGUCUUCAACAGGUUUAAUGAGCAGUUUGCCAAGGUGUAUGAAGCUAAACCAGCUGACAUUCCCCAUUGGACAGAUAUAACCCAAGACCAAGUGAAAAGCCUGGAGGAAUCCUUCCAGAUGAAAACAGAGGAGAUUAAAUUUAGAUGGAUCUUACCUGUGUGA